CCGCCCCUCCCCGCGGCGCACCGGCCGCCCCGCCGCCGCCGCCAUGUCGCGGAGCUCCCGGGCCGUGCUGGCCGUGUCCGCGCUGCUCUCCGCCGCCACCGUGGCGGCCGUGCACCUGCAGCAGCGCCGGGAGCGGGAGAGGCUUCACAGUGGAGUUCUCAGAGACCUUGAGCGUCAACAUCAGAAAAAGGAGAAUAUUCGCCUGCUAGAAGAGCAGAUUGCUUUGACAAAGCAGCUUAUGGAAGAAAGAGACAAGGCGCUAAUGGAAAAAAGGUCCCAGCAGUCCUAG